AUGUACGAUUUGCUUCGACAGCGCAAUGGUACUUUCAAGCAUAGUCUUUUGUGCAUAUCCUGGACCCAUUUCUUCGCGACCAGUACCAUCAACCUGCUUAUCGUUGUGGUUUGCCUCGGCAGCUUCAGGUCUCACGAUCUCAGAAGCGACUGCUGGGUGAUAGCCUCUCAUUGCAACACAUUGGCGGCGUCCCUCAUCUCCAUUCUGCCACUUUAUCGGACUCUUUUCAAGAGUGAACCCGGCCGCUGCGAGUGCAUGAAUGGUGUGCAGGCUCCUGGCGAUGUUGUAUGA